UGGGGGUGAGGUAUUAAAAGGGAGUGUUGAGGGAGGGGAUUGAGAACAACUGAAUCUGUGUCCACAUCUGUGUGAGCAAGCUAUCUGCCUCCAUCUCUCUCGAUCUCUCUCUGUCCUUAGUGUCUCUCUCCUCUUUAUUUCAUUCUAGUUCUAUUUCUUUCAUCUCCUGUCUCUGUCUUUCAUCUCCUAUCUCUGUUUUUCAUCUCCUAUCUCUGUUUUUCAUCUCCUAUCUCUGUUUUUCAGCUCCUAUCUCUGUUUUUCAUCUUCUAUCUCAGUUUUUCAUCUUCUAUCUCUGUUUUUCAUCUCUUAUCUCUGUUUUUCAUCUCCUAUCUCUGUUAAAUUGCUUUUCUAUCAUUUCUCUCAGUCUUUCUCUCUUUCUCAGUCCUUAAUCUCUUCUGCUUCUUUCUUUGUCUCCCUCCCUCCCUUACUUUUCUUUGAGGGUAGAGACUGUUGAUCAUUGUGUAGUAGACUGAAGGGUAGAGACUGUUGAUCAUUGUGUAGUAGACUGAAGGGUAGAGACUGUUGAUCAUUGUGUAGUAGACUGAAGGGUAGAGACUGUUGAUCAUUGUGUAGUAGACUGAAGGGUAGAGACUGUUGAUCAUUGUGUAGUAGACUGAAGGGUAGAGACUGUUGAUCAUUGUGUAGUAGACUGAAGGUAGAGACUGUUGAUCAUUGUGUAGUAGACUGAAGGGUAGAGACUGUUGAUCAUUGUGUAGUAGACUGAAGGGUAGAGAUUGUUGAUCAUUGUGUAGUAGACUGAAGGUUAAGGGCAGAGGAGACAGUUUUAGACCAACUAUCAUUUAGUGGUGGUGGUUGACUUGUGGUUAGGUUAGCAUAGCUGUGGUCGAGGAGCGGUCGAAGAGCGUUCAUGGUCCUGGCUAUGGAGGACGCCUGUCCCAACGGGGUGGAGGUAGCGGUGGAGUCCCCUCCGGAUGCAGCCGGGACGGGAGAGCAAGGCGAGACAGGAGAUGGGUCGGCUGGGGAGGGGGCGGCUGCUGAGCCCACAGAGGGAGCCGACACAUCAGGAGCGAUGCAGCAGGUGUUGAACAACCUGGGGGAGCUGCCCACCUCCACGGGGGCCAAAGACAUCGACCUCAUCUUCCUCAGAGGCAUCAUGGAGAGUCCCAUUGCCCAGGAGCGAUUGGAGGACGUGAGGCUGGAGGCGGUGCAGGACAACAACGUGGAGCUGGUCACAGACAUCCUGGGCGACAUCACCGCCCUCAGCGUCCGCGACGACAGAGUAGCGGAACUCUCCCGAAUCCUCCAGGAGCCCCACUUCCAGUCCCUCCUGGAGGCCCACGACAUGGUAGCCUCUAAGUGCUAUGAGGCUGUGCCCCCAGCAGAGCUGUCCAAUGAGGCGUUGGUGAACAGUGCUCUGAUGCAGGCCGACGCUGUACGCAUGAUCGGCAUCCGGAAGAAGGCUGGAGAACCACUGGGAGUGACGUUCAGAGUGGAGAAGGAGGAGCUGGUAAUCGCUAGGAUCCUCCACGGAGGAAUGAUUGACAGGCAGGGUCUGCUACACGUGGGUGACAUCAUAAAGGAAGUGAAUGGGCGGGACGUAGGGAACAACCCCACUGAGCUGCAGGAGAUGCUGAAGGACUGCAGCGGAGGAAUCACUCUGAAGAUACUGCCUAGUUAUAGAGAUGCACCUGCCCCACCACAGGUGUACGUGCAACCACACUUUGACUACGAUCCAGCCAAUGACCAUCUGAUCCCGUGUCGAGAGGCGGGGAUUGGCUUCAAGAGGGGGGACCUCCUUCAGAUUGUCAACAGAGAGGACCCCAACUGGUGGCAGGCAUGUCAUGUGGUUGGUGGAGCCACUGGACUGAUCCCCAGUCAGUUUCUGGAGGAGAAGAGGAAAGCCUUCGUCCCACGAGACUUUGACGGCUCAGGGAUCCUGUGUGGUACAAUAACUGGAAAGAAAAAGAAGAAAAUGAUGUACCUAACAGCCAGGAACGCAGAGUUUGAUAGGCACGAGCUGCAGAUCUAUGAGGAGGUGGCCAAGAUGCCCCCGUUCCAGAGGAAGACCUUGGUUCUGAUUGGAGCGCAGGGGGUGGGCCGCCGUAGCCUCAAGAACCGACUGGUGGUCCUCAACCCAACACACUUCGGAACCACCAUCCCCUUCACCUCCCGGCGUCCCCGUGACGAUGAACUGGACGGUAACUCAUACCAGUUCGUGACACGGACGGAGAUGGAGGCGGACGUGAAGGCGGGCCGUUACCUGGAGCACGGCGAGUACGACGGGAACCUCUACGGAACCAAGAUGGACUCCAUCCACGAGGUGGUGAACACGAGACGAACCUGCAUUCUGGACGUCAACCCACAGGCUCUGAAGGUACUAAAGACAGCAGAGUUCAUGCCGUAUGUGGUGUUCAUCGCAGCACCAGAGUUUGAGACGCUCAAGGCCAUGCACAAAGCUACGGUGGACGCUGGAAUUACCACCAAACAACUCACGGAUGUGGAUCUGAGGAAGACUGUUGAUGAGAGUGCUCGUAUCCAGAGGGCAUACAACCACUACUUCGACCUCAUCAUCACCAACGACAACCUGGAUCGCGCCUUCGAGACGCUACAGGCUGCCGUCGACAAACUCUGCUCCGAACCACAGUGGGUCCCCGUUAACUGGGUCUACUGAACCCCAACCGGACACUGUCUGACUGGGUCUACUGAACCCCAACCGGACACUGUCUGACUGGGUCAACUGAACCCCAACCGGACACUGUCUGACUGGGUCAACUGAACCCCAACCGGACACUGUCUGACUGGGUCAACUGAACCCCAACCGGACACUGUCUGACUGGGUCAACUUGACUGUGCGUGUUCAACCACCGAGGCAGGGGAAAGGACAUGAGAAAGGGGGUUGGUAAUCUGUGGUACUCUGACGGGGGGGAAACCAACCAAACCAAGCGCCUCCUCCUCUCUCCUUACUUCCCACAAUGCAACUGUUUUCUUCAGGAAACUCGAAGGGAAAGACUUCUUAUAUAUUUUGGUAUUUUGUAACUUUUUACGAACAAUCUUUCUAUUCAUACCAACCUUGAAUUCAAAAACAUGAAAAAAUAAACAUCAAGGCCAAACAUUUGAGCCAUAUUUUUUAAUUGAUUUGUUAUUACGUUAGUUUUUUUGUAGUUGUAUCCCUGAGAACGAAUGAUGUUUUCUCUUCUUGUCUGGGGACUGCUCUAGAAAGAGUAUUUAUUAUUGUUAUAUCAACACAGGUCAAUAAUGAAGAUGAGACACUAUGCAAUAUUCCAGAACUCUGAGCAGUGUUGCCAAGGAAACCUUUUUACGGCGCAUGUCAUUGCUAUGACAACUAGUGUGUCUCAGACCGAAUCCUGUGGACACCCCUUGUGUGAUUGUCGUAGACCACCCCCCCCUCCAAAUACCCUACAGUGUACUGUUAGGCUACCCCCUGACGUUUGUACUUACCUCUUUAGAAUUGUGACCUUAGCAAAAAUGAACUUGUCUGAAUAUCUAUCCCUCACAUAUCCCACAAAGAGAAUGAAAGGAAAAGAGCUUUCCACUUUACAUUGUACUAUUGAAUAUCAGCAUUUAAACACGGUGUUUCUUCGUCUUUCUUUUACUACCGUAGGAUUCACUGUCUUUUGUGGCUAUGAUGAUCAUUUUUAGCUUAGUGACUCUUUUUGUCUCCCAUGAUCCUUUGCUUUGUGUUUUCUAUAUUGAACAGACUACAUCCUGCUUUUACCAUUCACCAUCUACCCUGAUCUGUAUGUAAGGUGCUUGACGGUUUUUAAUUAGUUGAUGUGGCACGAAACAAUACUAUCCCACAGUCCUCCUCCGGUGUCAAAGCACCAAAGCCCUCCUCCGGUGUCAAAGCACCAAAGCCCUCCUCCAGUGUCUCCCACAGUCCUCCUCCAGUGUCUCCCACAGUCCUCCCCCAGUGUCUCCCACAGUCCUACUCCAGUGUCUCCCACAGUCCUACUCCGGUGUCAAAGCACCAAAGCCCUCCCCGGUGUCUCCCACAGUCCUACUCCAGUGUCUCCCACAGUCCUACUCCAGUGUCUCCCACAGUCCUACUCCGGUGUCUCCCACAGUCCUCCUCCGGUGUCUCCCACAGUCCUCCUCCGGUGUCUCCCACAGUCCUCCUCCGGUGUCUCCCACAGUCCUCCUCCGGUGUCUCCCACAGUCCUCCUCCGGUG